AGAAGGUUAUUAAAUUAUUGUACGAGAAACAUCACAAUUAUAUUUAUGAUCUUAUAAAUGGCUCUGUGAAUUUACAUCAAUAGUUUUUCAAUUUAGUUAAAUAAUGAUUAAGCUCUGCUUAUUGACUAAUGUCUACAUUUUUUAUACGAUCUUCAAUCAAUCAAUCCUGCCAUCUCAAUCUUUGCCAGUACCUUUAACCUUUUCACCAAACCCAGAUGAACCUUUAACGUUAUACAACAAGGUUAAAAUUGUACAUUUUUCAGCUUUGGAUACGACGGAAGCUCAAUUCGAUGUGGACUUGUUUCUUAUUCAGAGUUGGUUCCUCAACAAAUCAGUUUGCCAAGGUUAUAGUGAUCUACACAACAAUUACUCAUUCAAAGCACCGUUGGUGGCAGUUGAUGGAGCCAUGACCAUCAUUGAAUAUGAUAUUCUGACCAAAAUAUGGUUACCACGAACUUACUUUCCCCAAGUGAAGACUACAAUCAAUCCAAUGUCAACCUAUACUGACGGCUUUCUUACGAUCUAUCAAACAUCUCGCAUCAAAGAUCAAUGUAUGGUCAAAUUUAUGAGACGAUUGUCCAUCACAGUUGAAUGUAAACUUGAUUUCAGGCGUUUUCCAAAAGAUACACAAAUUUGUCCGAUUGAUUUAACUUCAGCUUUCUGGUCAAUGUCAACAUUACAUUAUGUUUGGGAUGAAAAUCCGAUUGAAUUUAGGCCUGAAGAUUUAGAUCAAAACAACUAUCGAGUCAACAUAACUGCAUCAUCACGGAUAGACACAGCAUAUGAUGGAAAGACUCGCAGUUGGUUGACAUUACAAUUCAAAUUUGACCGUAAAAUAAGUCAUUUUAUUCUGGAAAUCACAGUUCCUUCAAUAUUGAUAAUCAUCUCAGCUUAUUUCUCGUUCUUCAUCUCGAUUGAUACUGGAUCAGGUCGAUUUGCUUUCAGUGCAAGACCUUUGUUUAAUUUAAUUGUCCUCUACAGCAGUUAUAAGACAUAUUUACCACCAUUAUCAUAUGUAAAUGCUGGUGAUAUUUGGAUGCUUGGAAAUAUUUGCUUUGGCUUUUUUACAAUCAUAAUAGUUGCUUUUAACGUUCAUUUAGGACAAACUAAGAAGAUCAAAUCAACAGCUGCUAACAAUUCAAAUGCUAAUACACCAUCAGAAAUAUCAUUUGCUGUUGAUAACUUUACAAAUGCUAAUACAAAUAAUAAUUGUACUUGUAAUCGUUUCAAGCAUAUUUUUAUUUUAAAACAUUUUCGUUGCUUCAAAUGUAAAGUUCAUCCAAUGCCUAAGCCGAUCUUAUUGAAAUCUCAACAUUAUGACAAGAUGAUGAGAGUCUUUUAUCCAACUGCUUUUAUAAUUUUCAAUAUUGUCUACUGGUUAUAUUUACUUUAACAAGUGUUGGUACAAUAUUAUCAAGUAAAUAAAGUUUAUGUCAUUAA